AUGGGUAUCUACCCUGGCGGCAAAAGCGUUCGCAUUGACUCUCCCCGCCACCUCACUAUUCGACAUGCUCGUCGUCUUGUGGCUAUACAUCAGCGCAAUGUCCGACUUGCUCUUCGCAGCUCUGGAGAACUUCAAGAUGAGGGAGAGAGCAGUGAGGAAGAAAUUGAUCCCUUACCAGCAGGCCAGCAGAAGCUCAACUCAUACUGGGCGCCUGGCCUGGAGGCGGGCAAGGAGCAUAUUGUCUCUGUGGAGCAGGACAUUAAUCCAAACACUACAAAAAAGGGCAGCAAGAAGUUGCACCUGACAGCUGAGCAAGGCUUCUUUGUUGACGCUCCUCAGUUCUCGCUGCCUGACGGGAGUGUUCACUCGACAUAUCCUCCUGCGGGCUACAGCGAUGAUCACAGAAUCUUGCCGCAUAUUGUCCUCACAGACCCUCAUCUUCCAUGGGAGCGCCUAGGUAGCCCAAAGCAAGGCACCAACGCCGAGCUGAGGGAGAAAGUGAGAUUGAUGGCUCAGGGAUCUGAAGAGAAACCGGUGCGCAAUCGUGUUCCUUGGCUGGUGGUGCUUUCUUUUGACCAGAGCGAACUGCGUCUGCCUCCUGAAGAUCUGGACAAAAUCUUCAGUGCCACGAGCGAUGGUGUCAUCAAGCCUGUCAAGCAGUCCUCUACCAUGACUGUCAACAUGAGCAUCGCAGAUCUGUGGAAACUGCCGACCAGCGAUGUCAUCACACCCCCUGAAAUCUUCAAGAGCUUCUUUUCCACGUGGGACGAAGACAACAACAGGGUGAUUCCAGAAAACAACAAGGCAGAUACCUUACAGUAUCAGUAUCUGGCGCAUGUACGCAAGAUCAACGGCUCAGGCAUGGCCCUCGCGGGAGUAGAAAACACCGCCGUCUUUAGCAUUGUCAUCGGCAACAGAUCUGGCCCUCUGGACAAUCAGACGCCAACAACCAUGUGCGCACAUCUCGUUUCAAUUGAAGGCGUGGAAGAUAUGGCGUUCCCUAGCGAUAGCCAGCGCUAUGUGGCUCUCUGCUCGCUCUAUAGCUGGAACUAUACGGUGCUGCCGCCCGAUACUCUCAACGUGCCUGAUGCCUUUGAGCAUCUUGGCAGAACGUUGGAUGUUCUGCGCGCUCCAGAGAGUAUUAUCAAGCCGCUGCGAGAUGCUCCUGACAAGAUCCGACAGCGCAUUGCCAGUCGCCUUGACGAUGGUUACACGCUGGUCAAGUAUCGCACGCAGACGGGUGAACCAACUGUUGCACUCUACAGAGGGCCAUUCACGCCCACGUAUGUGCCAGAUCUAGCCCAUUUGACCAAGUCCUCAAACUCCAGUGUUGAUCUCCAGAUCCUGGACAAAGAGCUUGGCAUUAUGGACAUUACCUAUUCGAUAGCAUGGCAGACUGGCCGCACCAUGGCACUUGGAGACGAAGUCUUCACUGCUGCCCUUAAUAGGCUGAGAACGGCUAUUCAUGGACCCGCCAUGAAAACAGUCAAGCUACAGACGAUCAAGGACAUCAACGACAUCUCGUUUCGAACAAAAGAUGAAGUGCUUGAAGACCUCCCUGAAGUGAUCCAGAGUCUUGCAAAUAUUCACAUCAGGCGCGACGAUGGUAAUAACUUUGCGCCUCCAGUGCCCGGCCAGCCAUUCUUCUCCCCUGGAGGAGCCAAGAAACGCUGGUUCCGCCCGAAGAUGGGUCGCUCUGAUCUUCCAAAUAUGUCCUUUACCGAUCUGGACUUUGAACAAAGGUAUAAAGCCGCGGCGGUAGACGUUGCCCGUAGGCUUGCAGGGAGCAAGUCGCAGGGUUUGUUGUAUGAUGAGACAAAUGACCCAGUGUCGACGGACUGGAUGAUUGUGCUUUCGUGGCUCGUUGAUAAAAUGUUCCUGUCGGGAGUCCCCGCGCACAGUUUGAUACCGGACCCAACGUAUUUGGGCCCAGAAAGCCUGAGGUUCUUCCACAUUGAUAAGAACUGGAUCGACUCUAUGAUUGAUGGUGCUUUGUCGUUAGGCAAUCAUUCGCUCGUCGACGACGAUCGGGUUGCUAUCAAGACGGCGCUCAAUCUCUACAUUGAUAGCAUACCUAAAGGAGCCAAACACAAGAUUCAGAUUCCUGCCUACGGGUUCUACCUGCGAUCCGACUUGGUCACCAUGUUUCCGGAUCUUCGCGUGGAGGUACUCCCUGAUGAAGAUGCUCUUCGCGCUGCUGACGGCAUCAUGAUGGGCUUCAUGGACCGCCUACCAGGGUCAAACCAGUUUGGCCAACUCGUCUUCACGCAGCCAGCCCACCAGCAGCGGUUUGCUGUAGCUCGCGGACUCGACGUCAAUGAGAUUAAGGUCAAUAUCCGCAAACAGUAUACGGUGGACCAAAAGACUCGUGAGACAGACACUGGCAGGCAUGACAAGCUUACGCAGAUCAUAACCAACCCCACGGGUGACAAGUCUAAAGACAACAUCUUCAUCUGGGGGUCAAAGCCAGGGCAAGGCCUCAACGACCUUCGUAUCUUGCGUCUCCCAAAAUAUGCAAAUGUGCAGCUAGAGGAGCUUGAGAAAUGGAAACAGACUGCUCCUGAUGGGACGCCUUACUUCAAAGAUGAUACGGCAACCUCGGCACUCUUUUCUAUGCAGUUGAACGAUCCUGUCUACAAGCUCACCGUUGAUCUUAAGGCCCAUCCAGAGAAUGAGAGCUUGGCCGCCCUUGGCCCGUCGAGUGGUCCCAGCGCUACUGAAGUCAGAACGCUGAGACAGCUGGAACCAGCUCGAAUGGCGAUGCAUCCCGGUUAUAGACAAGGGGGCAAUGGCGUCCCCUCUCAAAUUACACCCUAUAAUGAUGAUGACGACGAUGAUGAAGGUGCAACGGGUGUGACCUUUCAACGUCAUGGGGAAUAUGUGCCAACGGUGAAGGCCCUUGCAAAGAACUUGGCACCCCAUGUCCGCCACAUCCCAACCAUCGCAGCUCACAAACUGCCGAGGCCAAGCGAAGCCUUCUCAUCAUUUGCUGAGCACAAGCCCCGUGAUAAGUUCAGCGACCCAGCGAGUGCACCAAGAUACAGAAUCACUGUCAGCAGCAACAUCGGCAGCCAUUGGGACGUCAUCACUCUCCGCAAGCCAAACUUGCAGCAAGACAUCAUCUUUGCUGUCUCUGUGGAGCAGAACCAGAGCAACCAGUACAUGCUCGCGGAACUCGACAUUCAGAUCAAGCUCGGUCCAGCCAAACAAGACGAAAACUACUUGAUGCCGACUUACGCAGGCACUGGCGCCAUCAUGUUAACUAAUCUCCGCUUCAAUGUGCUGCCUCAGAUUCUGGAUGAUGGCGGUCAGCGGGUGUUGCGCCUGCGAGUCUUGCCGCGCGCCGCCAAAGGCUGGAUCGACAUUGGCACGGUCAAGGAGCUCGGCUUUAUGCUGGGGCUUGCCCAGGUUAAUGAAUCACUGGGUGAUCCAACACAAGUCGAGCUGGAUGUGUGGGCAAUCUACUGUAAAGAUGCGCAGAACCCCAAGUUGGGAGACGACAAUACCGUCAAGAUACCUAAUACAAUCACGACGAGAGUCACGGUGUUUGACAAUCCACAAUGGGCACAAUAG